GCUUUUCUGUCGUUCCCUCGCAGGCCUCCGUAGUGACGUCAUCAAUAGGUGACCCAAGAACCUUGAGGCGCUCCUAGUUAUCUUUAAAAACGGUUUAUAUUACACAGGAACGAUACAGGUGGUAUAUAAAAAGGAGAAGCCCAACAGGAUGGCCAGCGUGCUCUGUAGUAGAGCCAGGGUGGUUACAUACCUGCCAGGGCUUCACCUUCUUGUGCAACGCAUAGCAGGAUCCAGAUGUAUCUCAGAUGAGCGUCACGUUAAUGUCACACCACCAGAUAUGGGACCAAGGACGGUGUGGCCAGACGAGACCAUGGGUCCAUUUGCUCCUCAGGAUAAACGUUUCCAGCUGCCUGGUAACGUGGGAUUUGCCAGGCAGCUAGAAGCCACAGCGGAGCAGAAGCCCGGCUCUGUGCAUUCAGUACUACCGGACGUGCUGACAGCUCCGUCUAACAGCGAGAGGCACGAGUUCAUCCUGGCACAGUUCCUCUACGAGUCCCACGAGAACGGCGAGGCUUCAUCAGCACACAAGGUCGACAGCGCAGAGCAGUAUUUCAACCAUUCCAGAGUGGAGUGUGCGAUCCAGUCCUGCCCAGAACUGCUGAAAAAAGACUUUGAACUGAUGUUUCCCGAAGCCCCCUCCAGCAGUAUGAUGGUGCUCACUGUAACGCAGAGAACAGAGAACGACAUGACCGCCUGGUCUGAGGAGGUGGACCAGGAGAGAGAGCAACUGCUGGUUAAAUUCAUUGAAGGGGCAAAGGAGAUCUGCCACGCGCUGCACACCGAGGGAUUUUGGGCCGACUUUAUCGACCCUUCAUCUGGAUUAGCGUUCUUCGGCACUUACACCAACAACACACUGUUCGAGACAGACGAGCGAUACCGCCACCUGGGUUUCCAGAUUGAAGACCUCGGAUGCUGUAAAGUGAUCCGUCACACGCUGUGGGGCACGCACGUGUUCGUAGGAAGCGUUUUCACCAACGCGCCACCAAGCAGCCACGUCAUGAAGAAGCUGCAAGGAAAUUAACGCAUCGCGCACUUCAUAUCGUAACAUCCAAGAACACUAUUGAAAAACAAAGGUUUAUCCGGUGUUAAUGCUCGUGCUCGGAGUACAUGCACUCGACUAGCACUCAUCAAUGGCACAGACAAAUCCAUACUCGAUUUCUUUUCGAUUACUUUUGCUGUAAUCCCUAUGGGGUGCUUGAUUUAUUUAUUUUUGUAGUUGAAUAUGGCAAAGUGUAGAAAGGCUCAAUUCCAUGCUGCUUGAUUUCGGUGUUUGAGAAAUGUAAUAAAUGAAUCUAUCUUUAAUGCCUUUUCUUUUACUGUCACAGAAAUAAAGUGAAAAUUUAUGCUUGGCA